AUGGCCCCCGCCCCCCAUGGCAGCGCCGAGGAUGCGCUCGAGCUCGAGAGGAUUGCAGUGCGUCGCGUUGAUGUGACAUUGGACGUCGAGCUCAUGCUAACGCUCUGUGCACAACGCGCGUCGCACAGUCCGUCGGCGCCGCCUGCUGCGAAAGACAGCACCAUGGAGGACCCAACGAUGGCGGGCAAUUAUGCCUUCAGCAAUAUGCGCGGUCCUUGGCUCACCACGGCGGGAGAGAACAUGACGCUCGCUGCCCCCGCCGAGGACAUGUCCAGCUGGAAUGAAUGGAUGCAGUACGACCCCGCUGCAGCCGCGUCUCAGCACACCCAAACAGUCGAAGCGAAACCUAUGAGCGAACAGGGCCCCACAGGUUUUCUUAAGCCCGCUCGGCAGGACUCGCCCUCUGCCAACCGCCCCCAACCCCAACCCCAACACCAACACCCUCUCUCGCAGUCGAUCCCACCCACCAGCACACCAGUAUCCGCCCCCAUGUACUCGCAACCGAACGGCAUCCCGUUCACCUUUGGCCAGAACAUCGAUGCAUCGCCUGCCUUCGACUUCACCGGCCACACCCUGAGCUCCCCGGCCGAUGUUGAAGUUCAGCAGCAGAACGGCUUCUACUCGUCGCCCAUGUGGCAGCAGCAGCAACAGCAGCGCCAGCAAAUAUCAGACGGCUUCUUCUCACCUCCUGGCUACGACCAUAGGACGUUUGUCGCACCCCCGGCUUCGACACCCAGCCUGCAUCACAGCCCCAGUUCGCUGAACAAUGGCGGCCAAGGGAGCUCAUCAUCAUCGCAUUCAUCGCCCGAGCCUGCAGUCAACAUGAAGAAGCGCAAGUCGGUGGAAGACGACGAUGAAGACGAUGACCUGGAGUCGGCGCCGUCCGGAAAGAAAGGAAAGGGCCAACCGCCAAAAAAGACAGCGCACAACAUGAUUGAGAAGCGGUAUCGGACGAACCUCAAUGACAAAAUUGCAGCUCUGCGCGACAGUGUACCCAGCUUGCGUGUCAUGUCGCGGCCAAACGGCAAAGAGGAGGACGAUGAUCCUGAGGAUCUCGAGGGCCUCACCCCUGCUCACAAGCUCAACAAGGCUACUGUGCUGUCAAAAGCCACCGAAUACAUUCGGCAUCUGGAGAAGCGCAACAAGCGAUUACAGGAUGAGGUCAACACAUUAAAGACGCGGGUGGAGAGCUACGAGAAGAUGGCCAUCUCAGGGCCCAUGGCAUUGCACAACCCAGUAGGUACCCCUGAUGGUAGGUAUCAUGAAGACCCGUUCAUGGCAUCGCAUGGUCUGUCCAUGGGUGGCCCCCCUCAAGGCAUGAUUCCUGUACCAGACAAUAUCGCAGCUCUGCAGCGCGGACUACCACCACAGCAACACUAUGCAUCCGCAUAUCCAGCCUAUGCUGGUGGCGCACGUCAAGCACACAGUGGCCCUCCCAUGGUCAACGGACGUCGCACCAGCGCCAUGAUGGGCAAGCUCAUGGUGGGUUCGCUCGCUGGACUCAUGGUUCUUGAAGGACUAGUCGAGCGGGAGCAGUCACAAGAGGAUCCUGCUGGUCGUGGCCUCUUCGCGUUGCCCAUCAACCUUGCCAGCAUACUCGCUCCGCGUGUAUCCAUGGGCGCGUCUACCGCACAGCUUCCUCUCGCCAAACUCCUGCUUGUUAUGGGAGCUUUCUUCUACCUUGUUGGUCCCCUACUCAGCUUCUCAUCGAAGCCCAAGAAGAAGAGCACACCCGUUCUUUUGUCGCCUGCCCCGUCACUCGCGUCUCCCGUUGAGGUACGUCGCAAGGCGUGGCUCACUGCUAUUCAAACCGUCUGGGUGCCGCAGCACAACUUCAUCCUUGAAGUUGCCGCGCUUGGCCUCAAAACGCUCAAACUCAGCACACGCAAGAUCAUCGGAUGGCCUGGAUACGCUUAUCUGACUGGCACUACCAAAGAGCAAGAAGCUGCGCGUCUCAAAGCUUGGGAGAUCGCACUCGAUGCCCAGCUUACAGGAGGCGAUGCAGAGAUCAGCAAAAGCCGAUUGGUUCUCACUCUGAUGGCCUCGGGCACUCUUCCUGACACCCCAGCACGACUUAUGCUCAAAGCGUUGCACAUUCGCGUACUUCUCUGGGAAAUUGCCAAUGCUGGCCAUGGCGUCUGGUGGAUGGUUGACGAAUUGAGCGCAAAAUUGGCUCGCAGCUACUGGAACAUGGCUCGCAGUGAACACAGGAUUGCUGCAAACCUGGCAUCGAAGCAAGGCAGCGACGCUCAGCCCCUGCCAGACCACCUGGCUUCGCUCAUAGAGAGGGAGUGUGAUGACGUCCUUGUGCCUGCCAUCAUUCAACGUGCUUAUAACCUGGCAUGGAACAGGCCAAGUGCUGAGAGGACAAUCAUAGACCCCUCCAUGGACGGUGUGGUUGAGGACUUUGCCAUCUGCUCGCCUCUCGAUGCCUUGGCUGCGUGGUACUCGAGCUUCGUCCUGGCAAAAGCACUUACCAGCACUCUCGCGACAAAGAGUUCAUCACCAAAGGACGGCGUUGUCACUGACUUGAAUCUUGCGCUUCAGUCUGCACCACCCAACUCACAAGCCCAGCUACGCGCUCUCGUCGCUCAAGCAGUCAUCCUCGAUAAGGAUCGGAACACACGUAUCGUCGCAGCCCUCGACGCACUUCCUUCAACACCCAGCUCCGGCGCCACCAGCCUCAUGAACCCGGUCGACAACGUUCCCGUUGCUGCCGAUGUCCGUACCGCCCUCACCCUUGCUCGAUGCCUCUCACUUACCGCCUUCCCUUCAUCCUCCGCACGCCGGCGCGCCACCGACAAAAUCAACCAAAUCACCCUGUCCGAAGUCACCACCACGCUCCUCUCCUUCGUCGCAGCUCACAAAGUCCUCAAUCUCUUCAUGCAAGACGCCGAGCUCCAAGCCGCCACAAGCUUCAAGCUCGAGCACUUUGCAAAGAGCCUACGAAUGUGGGUCGGUCACGAGACUGGCAAGCGCAGUGGUCUCAGCAACAAAGUGCGCUCCCGCAUUGUGGCGAGCUGUCUCGAGGCGAGCACGAAACUUGUCGGACUCAAGGACAAAGAUGAUGUAGCAGACGUGGACGAUGGGUAUGUCAGUGCCAGCGUCAACGAUGACUAG